CAUUUAUGAACAGAACGACCACAAUGAGUGAUAUGUUGGUGAUUGAAAAUUUUAUUAAUGGUGAAUUUGUUCCUACAAAGUCACAUAUUGACAGUUUUGACCCUUCAACAGGUUCAGUUUGGGCAAAGAUUCCUGAUAGUGACGAAACAGACAUAAAUAAAGCCGUAGAUGCAGCCAAGAAGGCUUUCCAAAAAUGGUCCUCUACACCAGUACAGGAACGUUCACGCAUCAUGUUAAAAAUAGCAGACCGUUUAGAAUCACAACUACAGUCUUUUGCUGAACAAGAAUCACAUGAUCAAGGAAAGCCAAUCUGGUUGGCUAAAGCUGUUGACAUACCUAGGGCUGUUCACAAUAUCAGGACAUUUGCAACCAGUAUAUUACAUGAUACAAACAAGUCAUCAGUUAUGGACGGAGUUGAUGCCUUUAAUUACACCAUCAAACAUCCAGUGGGUGUGGCAGGCCUGAUCAGUCCUUGGAAUCUACCAUUGUAUCUACUGACCUUUAAACUUGCACCAGCCAUUGCAGCAGGAAACACAGUUGUAGCCAAGCCAAGUGAAAUGACUUCUGUCACAGCAUGGAUGCUAGCUAAAAUCUUCAAUGAAUGUGGACUUCCACCUGGUGUAGUAAAUUUAGUUUUUGGUGUUGGACCAAAGGCAGGAGAAGCCAUAGUAAAGCACCCCGACAUUCCUUUAGUAUCAUUCACCGGUGGAACUGCUACAGCCAAACGUUUGAGAGUGUCGGCAGCACCAUUCUGUAAAAAACUAUCAUUAGAGUUAGGAGGCAAGAAUCCAGCAGUGAUAUUCAACGAUGCAGAUUUAGAUAAAUGUAUUCCUACAACAGUCAGAUCAAGUUUUAUAAACCAGGGAGAAAUCUGUUUGUGUACCAGUAGAAUUUAUGUACAGAGAGAACUGUAUCCCAGAUUCCUGGAGCGAUUCUCUGAAGAAACCAGGAAGCUAGUCGUAGGAGACCCUAAAGAUGACAAGUCUAUUCUUGGGGCAUUGAUAAGUAAAGAACAUUUAGCGAAGGUUAAAGGUUAUGUUGAAGUGGCUGAAAAAGAGGGCGCUACAAUAUUAUGUGGAAAAGAGGAUAUGAAUUUACAGGAUAAAAAUAAACAGGGAUAUUUCAUGCGACCUACGAUAGUAACAGAUGUAUCAGACAACUCUCGUCUGAUUAAGGAAGAAAUAUUUGGACCUGUUACCUGUGUGAUGCCAUUUGAUACCGAGGAGGAAGUGAUAGAGAGAGCUAAUGAUGUCCAGUAUGGUCUGUGUGCCACUGUGUGGACGACAAAUGCUUCUGUAUUACACAGAGUGUCUAGGGCAUUACAGGUUGGAACAGUGUGGGCUAAUUGCUGGCUGGUAAGAGAUCUGAAUAUGCCAUUUGGUGGAAUGAAGGAUUCUGGGAUAGGAAGAGAGGGCACUACAGAUUCUAUGGAGUUCUUUAUGGAACAGAAAACUGUCUGUGUUAAACUGUGAACCAUAAAAACUGUGUCUGUGACACUGAACCACAAAAAGUAGACAAAGUUUGAAAGCGAGAUGAAAUGUACAUGUAUAUAUAAGUGACCUCAGAGAAAAAAGUCAAAAUUAUGUGAAAUGUCGAUAUAUUUUUCUUACAUACCAACCAUGGAAAAUUUGUAAUUUGUUGAACAUUUGAAUCAGUAAUUCAUCUGUACCCACAAACUCCAUGAAAAAUCAGUAUCAGUGUUAUAAAAGGUACAGGGUCAAUAUGUUUUGUAUGUAAACACCAGUAAGACAUGAGAUUAUUUGUUAUUGCAAUUAAACAUUCCAAACUAAAA